AUGAAAAGAAAUUUCCGUCAUCGUGGUCGUUUGCUGACACACCAUUGUAUUCUUAAUAAACCUGUUGCUUUGCUGAAUCAAAUAAAUGCUGGUGCAGUAGAAUAUUUCGUGGCGUUUUCUAAAAAAAUUCUGUUCUGUUAUUCAGGUUUCUGCACGGAGGAUGAAGAAAGGUUGGUCCGAGAUUUGUUCAGAGGAUACAAUAAAUACAUACGGCCGACCCGAAAUAUGACCGAUAAAGUUCACGUGAACUUUGGAUUGACGUUCGUACAACUUAUUAAUGUGGAUGAAAAAAAUCAAGUGAUGAAAUCCAAUGUCUGGUUGGAACUUCAUUGGCACGACUAUCAGUUACAAUGGGAUCCCAGUGACUACCAAGGAAUACAAAAAUUAAGAAUACCAUCCGACAAGAUUUGGAAACCUGAUAUCGUUCUUUUCAAUAAUGCCGAUGGGAAGUAUGAAGUACGUUACAAAAGCAAUAUCAUCAUAUUUGCAGAUGGAAAUAUACAAUGGGUACCGCCAGCUCUUUAUCAAAGUUCAUGCACAAUAGAUGUUACUUAUUUUCCUUUUGAUCAACAAACAUGCUUAAUGAAAUUUGGCUCAUGGAUUUAUAACGGUGAUCAAGUCUCACUGGGAUUAUUAGACGAUAAAAAUUACGUAUCACUAUCAGACUACAGCAAAAGUGGUACCUGGGAUAUCAUUGAAUUGCCAGCAUAUUUGAAUGUAUAUUCAGAACCCAAUGCUCCAACAGAAACUGACAUCACAUUUUACAUAACGAUUCGCCGGAAAACGUUGUUCUACACAGUUAAUUUGAUAGUGCCAAUUAUAAUGGUAUCAUUUUUGGUUAUUGGAGAGUUUUAUUUACCAGCGGAAGCUGGUGAAAAAGUCACUUUGGGCAUUAGUAUACUCUUAUCGCUUGUUUUGUUCUUAUUAUUAGUCAGUAAAAUUUUACCGCCAACAUCAUUAGUGCUUCCGUUAAUUGCCAAAUACCUAUUAUUCAUAUUUUUGAUGAACCUGUUCGUUAUUUCAAUGACUGUGAUAGUCAUCAACUGGAAUUUUCGUGGACCAAAGACUCACCGAAUGCCGUCCUGGAUGCGUCUAGUUUUUUUGAAAUAUUUACCGACUAUAUUAUUCAUGCAAAGACCGAAGAAAACGCGACUCCGUUGGAUGAUGGAGCGAGGCAACAGCAAAUAUAAUAAUAGAACGAAUAAAAAUGUGGUUCCUAUUUCGGCAGAGCAUGCAGCUGCGUUCAGUGAAUCUAGGAAUAAUCAACUGAAAGCUAUGGAACUGAUUGAAAUGAAUAACAUUCACUUGCAAAACCAUCAUCAUCCGAAUUGUAACGUCAGUCAGGGUCAUCUGCCCAAUAACAUCCCGAAUACCUAUACUCACAAUGACAGUGAUGAUAUUUAUGAAACAGUCGUCAAUAGAAGGCAGUCGGAAUUGGGCAGAGAUCUGGAGCAUCCGAUGAUUAAAGAGACUAUUCAAGCUGUCGAUUUUUUAGCAGAGCAUUUAAAAAAUGAGGAUUUAUACAUCCAAACAAGAGAAGACUGGAGAUAUGUUGCAAAAGUAUUUGAUCGUAUGCUUCUUUGGGCAUUUUUCCUAUUUACAGCAGCAAGUUCAGCAUCUAUUUUGUUAAGUGCUCCACACAUUUUCUCAUACGUUGACCAAGAUGAAAUUAUUAGAAAAUAUCAAUAA